AUGGCACAGCUACCGGUAUAUGAGAACAAUCAACCGUACAAUGACUGGGGUGACUAUUUCCCUGAAGAUGAUGAGGGCGAUGUUACGGAUUUUACCGAAGGAGUUGACGGUUACUCCGUGCGUGGAGGGUACCCCGGGCCGCCUUGUUACCCUGCCACUGUCGGCGAGGCCAUACAAAGCGGUGGCAAAUCCUAUCGUGUUGAACACAAACUUGGCCACGGAUCAUUCUCAACAACAUGGCUUGCAUUUGAAAUUGAAACCAACACCUCGGUUGCCCUCAAGAUCCACCGCACCUUCACGACGGCAGGCCAGACUGAGAGCCGAAUACAUCAGGACCUACAACGACUGAUACCAGACCCCAGCCAUUGCCAUUUGAUAUUCAGCACUUCAAUAUUUUCUCUUCCUGGACAGUUCCCCGAUGAUACCCAUGUAGUGGUAGUACUUCCUGUAACGGGGCCAGACUUGAAAACAUUCAUGGAUAUCACCGACAGGAACGUCAUGAUCGGACUUAUCCCUGGUGCUCUCGACCAAGGACCAACACCGUCAGAGCGUUACAAGCAAGUCGGCCGCCCAGAGAAGUUCUCCUUGCCACUGUGCACAUUCUCGACAAAGACCGCAUUUCUCGGUGAUUUCGGGUUGACAAGGCGCAUCGAAUCUCCCGCGACAGACCCCUGCCUUCCGCCUGAGACUUGCUGCCCGCCAGAGCUCCUCCACGAAGGUUCCGAGUCCACCUACAAGUCGGACAUGUGGGGCUUCAUGUGCGUCUUCACCACCUUGAUGGCCGGUUUCAAUCCCUUCACCGGAUGGAGCGACUCCAGUACCCUGGGCAGCAUGUUCGAAAUGCUCGGGCCUCUACCUCAGGAAUGGGAAGGUCGUUGCGAGUGGCCGCAUCAUUACCCCGAAGAGCAGCGGCGCAAGUGGCAUGACCACCCGAGAGUCCCAGAAGACUCUCUUGGGGACCUUUUGGAUCGUACCAGGGAGGAGGACCUUGGGCCACGGGAGCGAGAACUGACAUUGGAGGUGGUGCACAAGGGGUUUCGAUACCAGCCUUCGGAGAGGAUUUCAGCGCAGCAGCCUCUGGAUGAUGAGUCGUUUUGGGAGCUUGUGGCAAUUCAUGGGAUAGAAUAA